AUGCAUGAAGAUGACAACUCUCUCAUGGAUAGCAGUAAGGAUGACCGUAUGGCAGUGGAAGUGCAUGCGCCGGCUAUUGAAGUUGACAGGCUGCAAAAGGUUAUUGAUAAUGGCCCAUGGACUUUUAAAAAUAUUCCCAUCUUUAUUCAAAAGUGGAGGCCGGGAUUAAAUCUGAAUUCAAAUUUGCAUGAUAAAAUACCUAUUUGGGUUAGAAUUCAUGAUAUACCAUAUGACGUUUGGAAUGAUGAGGGUCUCAGUCACAUAGCAAGUAAAAUAGGUAUUCCCCUAGCUUUGGACUCAUGGACUGCUAAUAUGUGUAAGUAUGCUGCUGGAAAAUCUGCUUUUGCUCGUGUUUUGCUUGAGGUGCCUUUUAGGAACACUUGGAUAGAUGAGGUUAAAGUUCGUAUUCCUGACCCUGACACUCUUGCUAUGACUCUAUAUUCUCUACGUGUUGACUAUGAAUGGAAACCUCCUACAUGCAUUAACUGUCAUAUCUUUGGACAUUCUGACUCUGCCUGUUUGCAUACUUUGACUAAGAAUGAUAUGAAUGUGAAAUCCACAAAUGAGCAAUGCACUACUGGAAAGAAUAUUAUGAUAGAUAGUGAGGGAUUCCAUACUCGUGUCCAAAAGCAAAGCCAAAAGCCUAAGGCUCCGAUACCUGUUGCACGGAAAAAUUAUAAAAAGAAGGAGACCCGCCCCCCUGCAUCUAACGGGAAGCAAGCUAGUGAGAAGAUGAAAGAAAAGGAUGACCUCCUGGAUGAGGUUGAUAUGAUUGAGAUUGAAUCUGAUGUUGGCAAUACCGCUCGAUUCGUUGCCCUUGAUCUCUCUCUUCCCCAGGUUGAUUCGAUGUCCUCUCAGGAGCCCGAGCAGAUGGACUCCACUCCCUCCCCCAUUUCCCAAUGA